UCUGUGUCGCUGCUAUAUCUGGUUCCUGAGCGCGUGUAGUGACGUCAAGCAGCUCCUUCCCUCAGCUUUCUCCCGUGCCCCUCCUCUUUGCACUGUCACUCAGAUCUGCAGCUGCAGCCGCCGCAGGUUCUCAGCUAGGAAAGUAAGAAAAUGGCCAUACCUCCGGCAUAUGCUGAUUUAGGAAAAUCUGCCCGAGAUAUCUUCACUAAAGGAUAUGGAUUUGGGUUCAUUAAACUUGAUUUGAAAACAAAAUCAAAAAAUGGACUGGAAUUUACAAGCUCAGGAUCAGCAAAUGCAGAGACCAACAAAGUUGCAGGCAGCUUGGAAACCAAAUACAAGUGGGCAGAAUAUGGCCUUACUUUUACAGAAAAGUGGAAUACAGAUAACACAUUAGGGACAGAGAUCACUGUAGAAGACCAGCUUGCAAAGGGUCUGAAGUUGACAUUUGACUCUUCGUUUUCUCCUAACACUGGAAAGAAGAAUGCAAAAGUCAAGUCUGCAUACAAGCGAGAGCACCUUAACAUUGGCUGUGACAUGGAUUUUGAUAUUGCUGGCCCAUCAGUACGUGGAGCUGUGGUGUUUGGCUAUGAGGGAUGGUUAGCUGGCUACCAAAUGACUUUUGAAUCCUCAAAGUCUAGAGUCUCCCAAAGCAACUUUGCAGUUGGAUACAAAACUGGUGAAUUUCAGUUGCAUACCAAUGUGAAUGACGGUACAGAGUUUGGUGGUUCUGUAUAUCAAAAGGUUAAUGAUAAACUGGAAACUGCAAUCAACCUUGCAUGGACAGCGGGAAACAGCAACACACGCUUUGGAAUAGCAGCCAAAUAUCAAAUUGAUUCUGAUGCUUCAUUUUCAGCUAAAGUGAAUAAUUCAAGUCUUAUAGGUUUAGGAUACACUCAGACUCUUAAGCCUGGUAUCAAAUUAACAUUAUCUACAUUGCUUGAUGGCAAGAACAUCAAUGCCGGAGGUCACAAACUGGGUCUAGGACUGGAAUUUGAAGCAUAAGCAAUGUCAUAUAGAACAAUCUUAUUGUCCUGGUGUUCUGCAACAUAGAAACCAAAAUAUUUUAGUGCACCUUGUAUGUUCUGUGUCUGGUAUGCAAACAACCCACCAUGUCAGUUACAAUUGAUUCCCUUGAAUAAUAAUAGACAGCUGUGUGUAAAAGGGUUAUUGUUGCAGAUUUUGCAAAUCCAGGCCAGCCUAGAAACACUUCAUAGCUGCUUAUUUAUACACAUGUUGCUAAACAAGAAAGUGUUUGAAUGCCUUUUUUUAAAACAUACAGUGCAGAGUUUAUUUAUAAUACUAAACAGACUUUUAGAUUAAACAUUCAUUUCCUUCGAGUAUCCACUGUUCAGAACUAGUAUUUCAUGAUUCUGAAUCAACAUCACAGGUACAGGAUCAGAGUUUUAUAAUAUGCACAACGUGUAUACUUAAAACUUGAACAAAGCAGGGACUUUAAAAACCUGAACUAUUUCAUAUAUUUUUAAAGGUCUUAUAAAUGUCUGUAGCCCAUAACAAGACAACCCAUAUUAUUGGUGCACACAAAGAAUGUGCCAGUGAUGAUACUUGAUUCACUUCACAUAAAGUACUGGACAGCUUGACAGAGCCAUAUGCAAGGGGAAACUCUUUAAUUCUUUGUACACAUAGUUAAAUGUUUGGGUUUUACCCUAUCCCAGUUUUAUUUUCGUGUUUUAGCAAAUGUUGGUCUUCCAUUCUGUAGAGUUCCCUGAUACUGUACACACCAUUACCUGUAAUAAAGUCCGAAUACAAGCUAA